AUGCGGAGAGGCGAUAAUACUCGUUAUCAUUCAGCGAAAAAAUUAACAAUGCAUCGUUUAUUGCAAAUGGAUCAUGAUAUAGCGCCGAGAUAUGAAGAAGAUGAUGAUUCGCAAAUCCCACCUCCACGCUAUUUGUUAACUCGAAGAUUCAUUCGAGAUAGACUGAAUCCAAACAGAAUCGUCAGAAAGGCCCAAGAUGGUGAUAAAUUAUCACUUGCAAGUUUAAGAAAUUCGCUUGAAAAUCGAAAAGAACGACAAAUUCAAAUGAGUAGUGGGGGCUCUUCUUCAUCACAAGCUGUUAUAAUGAAUCAGAUUAGAAUUGUUCGUGGUGUGAGCAUCGGCAAAGAUUUUCUUUUGCGGGCGAUUGGUCAAUAUGUCGAUGAUGUGAAACCUAUUUUAUUGAAAGCUGACCGAAUGGAUAUCAUUUUCUUCGUUGAUAAUGAUGAAACCGCAUCAGCGAUACAAGCUAUAUCACGUCGUCUGCGAGAUCCAGUCACAUCUUCUCCAGUUACGAUAAUUUCAAAAAAAGCACCAGUUGGCUUUAGUGCUGUUGGGUAUGCUGAAUUCAAUUUAUUGAAGAACGUACUUAGCAAACGUUAUAAUCCAGAAAAUCACUCUCUCGAUUUGAGUGAUUUUGGACUAGAUGAUGAAUUCCGUUCCAAAUCCUUGUAUUUUUCUUUGUGCCAAAACAACAUCAUGAUGGCUGUAAUUGAAUUGAUUGACACAUGUUAUGGAUCAAUUACGUCCUUGAGCGUGAAAGGAAAUCGAUUGCGAUUUUUGGACCACUUUUCUUGUCUUAUAUAUCGAAUUAAGAAUAUUCGGACAUUGGAUUUAUCUUCUAAUCAGAUCGACAAAGCUUCUGAAUUAAUGAAAUUAAAAGGCUGGCCAGUAGAAACACUUUUCUUUGAAAAUAAUCCUUUAUGUUCUGAAUAUGGAUCUGCCGAAGCCUAUCUAAGCGCGAUUCAUGGAGUGUUUCCCAAGGUCACCAGCCUUGAUGGAAUACCUGUUCAGCGUCCAAUUGAUUUGCCUGAUCUGGAUGAGGAAACUUCCAUUCCACUUCCCAAACCGAGUUUUUACGGUUCAGCGGAAUGUAAAGAACUUAUUGAAAAGUUUAUUACUCAAUAUAUGGCAAUUUAUGAUAGUGCUGAUACAAAUGAUCGAAAGUCAUUGAUAGAUGCUUAUGAUGAAAAUGCUACAUUUUCUUUAUCUGUGGAAAAUCUACCAGAUGCUAACAAUUCAAGGCCUUCAUUUGAGUACAGUACUUACAAUAUUUAUCGAAAAAUGUCGCAUAAUAUUAUUCAUUUAUCAAAAUGGGAACACUACAGAGAGAAAGUUAUCCAUAAAGGGGCCAUGGAAAUUAUUGUUCAGCUAAAAAAAUUGCCUCCCACUACUCAUUUGUUUGAUACAUUUGUUGUUGACGUUUCUCUUAUAAAGGGUAAUAUUAUGUGCUUUACGCUGCAAGGUUUUUUUCGUGAUGUAUCUUCUAAUGGGAAAGAUUCAAUUGAUAUAUCUUCAGUACGAUAUUUCUGUCGCGAUUUCGUUAUUGUUAACAAAGAUGAAGGGAAAAUAGCGAUUUUAAGCGAUAUAUUAUUCAUAAGUGGUGUGUUUGCUGAACGAAUUCAACGUUACAAAACCAUGCUAACAAAUAUGAUGAAAGCUUUUGAUAUGGUUCUUGAGUCAUCACUGUUUUCAUUCUGGAAGCUUUUUCAGAUAGCAGUGACAGAUUUUUCUGUGAAAGAAGAACAAAAUGCGGAACAACCAACUACUUCUAAUGUUGCAAUAUCUGAGCGAACGCCUGCAGAAUUGGCUGCAGCUGGUGAUGAACGUUUGCAACAACUUAUGAUUGAAUCAUUUUCACGUGAGAGUCAAAUGAAGCCAGAUUGGUCUCGAAAAUGUCUUAUGGAUCAGAAUUGGAAUUAUGAGCUUGCCGGCAAAGCUUUUCUUGCUGUUCGUGAUAAAAUACCUCCAGAAGCUUUUCAAUAA